AUGAACUUUAUUAUAACAAAGUUCGAAAUAAACUAGUAUUAGUAGGAGAGACAAUUUAGUUGCUGUUAUGACUAUUAAAACAAGAAAGUGACAGAAAGUAUUAUGCUUGCUUAUCAGGCCUUAUUUUUAUAUAUAAAAUAAUUUAUACCAUGUUCUUAGUAUAAUUAUAUGUUUCUUGCAUUUAUUUAUUUUAAAUAAAAUGCUUCAUCUUAUUGUUUAAAAAUGAUGUUUAAAUUCAUAUAUUAAAAAAGAGUUCAAUCAUAAUUGAGGUUCUUUAUUAUCAAAAUCAUAAGUUAUGAUAAUAUUUUGAAAUUAUUUUCUACAACUAUAAAUUUAAGUUGGAAAACAUAAACCUUUAUAUGA